UUACAACCUCGUUUCAGGAUAGAGGGAGAUAUUUGACAACUAGUGUAAACUGAAAGGUAUCUCGGGAAGACAUCAAAGUAGCGUAUAUUACUACGCUGAAUUAUGGAAUCUUUUUAAGAUUCAUCAGUAAACUUGCGGCUGAUUUAACAAAAGUGGAAGUGAAAGUUAACUUGUCCAGGGGGUGUCCAUGGCCUCCAACAAAAACAAGAUGAGUCUGAGGGACGACCUCACUUGUGCUAUCUGCUACGACCUCUUCAAGGAACCUGUUAUGCUGGGCUGCAUGCACCACUUUUGUAAGAGGUGCAUCACCACAUACUGGAGAAGCAUUAGGGGACCAGUUUCGUGUCCCCAGUGUCGACAAGAGUUCCCCUCUAAACAAUUUCAGACCAACUACUUAGUAGCUGGUUUGGUUGAGAAAGUCAGAGCCACCUCUUCUGAUAGAUAUGUUAAGAAUUUAGAGAAACAAAUCAAGGACACUUUGAAGCUGCAGCGGUCACAGAGAGACGAAUUUAUCGGCAUGAUCCGAAAGGACAAUGAACAGUUGGACCUAAUAAGACAAUGUGUAGCGGAGCUGCAGGAACGUGUGCAUGGCGACUUCCAGGCACUGCACCACUUCCUGGAGGUGGAGGAGGCGGCAGUAUUGGAGGAGCUGAAUCGAGAGCAGGAGGCUAUGGUGGAAGAGAUGGGCCGACAUCUGGAAGGCCUGCAGGAAGCUGUGAGGGAGGCGGAGCAGAACCUGCAAGCGCUUCAACAGGCUAUUGGCAGCACGGACCACAACGUUUUAGUGGAGCUCCCAGAAUUGAAUUCCAGGGCAUCUUUGCAAGCUAUUAAAGGACCAGACAUUGACGUCAGUGCUUUCAGAAGCAAGUACAUGGCUCCACUGCAGUACACCAUGUGGAGAAAAAUGUUUAAAUUUCUCAGACCAGGACCAGCACCACUGACCUUUGAUGAUGACACUGCUCAUCCAAGCCUGCUGCUUUCACAGGAUAAAACUCAAGUGGUUGAAUAUGAAGGUAUACUGCCAUACAAACUCAACCCCAAGCGCUUCAUUCAGUGUAUCAAUGUGCUGGCGGCUCAAGGCUUCCAGUCUGGCCGCCACUACUGGGAAGUGGCAGUGGGCAACAAACCUAAGUGGGAUCUGGGCGUGGCCUUAGAAGCUGUGGACCGGCAGGUCAGGGUCAAGCUUUGCCCGGAGAAUGGCUACUGGACCCUCCGGCUGCGCAACGGAAACGAGUACUCAGCAGGGACACAGCCCUGGACCCCACUGCGAAUUGGGUCUUCCCCACAAAGGAUCGGCAUCUUCCUCGAUUGUGAGGAGCGGCAAGUGUCGUUUUAUAACGCAGACAGCAUGACAUUGCUGUACUCCUUUAGCAGUGGUCCGAGAGGGAAAGCUUUCCCGUUCUUCAGUACGUGCCUCAGUGACCGGGGCCAGAAACCCCUGCCAAUCCGUAUUCUCCAUUCUCCCACCGUGGCUCUGUAAGAGCCAGGAGAAUGGCUUCACUCUACAUUCAUUGCAAUUUCAGAUUGGUUUGAUUGAUAAAUCAGCUCACUUUUAAUUUUACCUGAUCACCUGAUAACAGAGUAGCCAUGUACUGUAGUAACUAUAAUCAAUUCAUUCUCUCUUGUUAUUUGUAUUGUCAGUAGGAUAUUAUAAAAUCAAGAUGCUUGUCUUAAUUUCCUUGUACUCAGAAAUGCUGGAUAUACUUCACAUUGAACAUAUAUUUUACUGAAUUCUAUUGCUUUCAUGUAUUAUAACUUAUCAGAGAAAGGCUUGAACGUGUUCAUACCUUGAAAUUUUAAGUUGUAUUUUCAUGCUGGUUCAUAUGAUUUUUUU